AUGACCCAGGACAGAGGACCACCGCCCGGGGGUGAAGAGGGAGGUGGGGGGGAUGGGAGGGCAGGGCGGCUGGCAGGAGCGGCGGAACCAGGCCAGGGGCGGCGGGAGGAGGCCGGGCCGCGGCGGCGCAGGGAAAAAGGAGGAGAGGAGGAGGACGAGGAGGAGGAGGAGGCCGGGCCGCGGGGAGGGAAGCGCUGCCUGAAUCACCGCGGGUGGGGCCGGGCCUGUCCCUGCGCAGGCAGGCCGCAUAGACGCGCUCCCGGCCCCUCCCGGCCCGGUGCAGCCAUCCCGCCCCUGCGGGGACGGGACGGCCAGGUGCCCCGGCCCCAGCCCGAGCCUUUGUCCCGGCCCUGCGCCCCUGUCGCCCCGGUGCUGCCCCGGGCGCGCAGGUGGCGCCAAGGAGGCCCCGCGCGUCCUACCUGCCGCUCGGCCAGCCGCCGAGUCCCGGUCCCAGCCCGGUCCGGUCCGGCCCAGCCCGCCUGGCGAUCCCGCCUGCAGCCCGCCCGCCGGCCGCGCGCGGGGCGGGGCUGCCGCCUAGGACCUGCCCGGCGCGGCCCGCACGCUCGAGGCCAGGCCGAGCCCACGGCCGGCGGCCUCACGCGGGUCCCUGACGUCUGCGGGCGCCCCGCCCAUGGCAGCCCGCCCCGGACACGCCCCCAGGCCCGCCCCACGCAGGCCCUCCCCGCCCCGGACACGCCCCGCCCGGCAGCCCCGCCCCGCCAGGUGAGCCGCCCCCCCACGGCGCGCCCGCCCCUCCCCCACCCCCGCCGGGCUGCCCCUGCGACCCGGCGGGUCGGGCGGAAGCGGACGCCUCGCCCGCGGGUUAACGCAAAGCCUCGCUCGGGGAGCCCCAGCUCCAGCUGCACUCCGGUCCCAACCUUUGCCGGGCGGCGGGCGAGGCCAGGGCGCCACCUGCCGGCCGGGGCGCGCAAGACACCCGCGACCCCUCGGGCGGGGCUGGCGUGA